AUGGCGCAGGACGACUUCACUAAUCAACUAACUUGGCAUAGUAUUCAUCACGCUGUAUACAAUAAUGUAACAGCCGUGUAACAUUUCAAAACAGAUCAAUUUCUCUGCAUUGUGUACAUUUCAUAGAAUAUGACGGAUGUUUCGUUUUUAUUUCAUUUAAAUCUUCUUUGCAUUUUUAUUGUCCGUGUAAGCUAUGGAAGUGAUGAUGCCAGAAGACUGUAUUACGACCUUUUGAAGGGACGAAAGUACAACAAGUUGAUACGUCCCGUAGGAAACAGUUCAGAUAAACUCACAGUAAGAAUGGGGAUCCGAUUGUCACAGUUGAUAGAUAUUGAUGAAAAGAAUCAGAUAAUGACGACGAAUGUAUGGCUUCGACAGGAAUGGUAUGACCGAAGUCUCACGUGGAACCCAUCAGAAUAUGAUAAUUUAUCAGUUUUAGAGGUUCCAAUUCAAGACAUAUGGAAUCCUGAUAUUGUCUUAUAUAAUAAUGCAGAUGGUAAUUAUGAGGUCACGCUUAUGACUAAAGCAACACUUCAUCCGGACGGAAAAGUAGUUUGGGAACCACCAGCAAUUUAUAAAAGCUCAUGUAUAAUCGACGUAGAGUUCUUCCCCUUUGAUGUCCAAACUUGUGACAUGAGAUUUGGUUCAUGGACUUACGAUGGAAACCAAGUGGACUUAAUUCAUAUCUGUUCAAAAGACGAAUCCUCCACAGCUGAAAUAGAAAAAGGUGUUGAUAUGAGACAAUUUUAUCAAAGCGUAGAAUGGGAUAUUUUAGAAACUACUGCAAAGAAAAACUAUAGAGAUGAUGUGUGUUGUGCAGAACCGGAUAUUACGUUUAAUAUAACCAUGCGUAGAAAGACACUAUUCCACACAGUUACCCUUAUUAUUCCUUGUGUUGCCAUUUCUUUCCUAACCGUUUUAGUUUUUUAUUUACCAUCGGAUAGUGGCGAGAAAAUUACCUUGUGCAUUUCUAUUCUCCUUUCAUUAACUGUGUUUUUUCUUCUUUUGGCCGAGAUUAUUCCACCGUCCAUAGUAGUACCAUUAAUAGGGAAAUAUUUAUUAUUUACCAUGAUUUUAGUAACUUUAUCUAUUCUUGUGACUGUUAUUGUUUUGAAUGUUCACUUCCGGUCUCCAUAUACACAUACAAUGGCGCCUUGGGUUAGGCGUUUAUUUCUUGGUAUAUUACCAAGACUCUUGUAUAUGAGGCGUCCAAGACCAGACAAAGAAUUAAAAACUGAUAAACCAAAGCAUUGUAAUGGCCUGCCUCCAAGUAAAACAUGCAGAGAAAUAUUACAACAUAACUUUAACCUACAAAGAGGAUUCUUACAAGCAAGCAGAGAAGCUGUUUCGAGCGACGAAUCUGGAUUACACUUUCGUCGACCAGUUCCACAAGCUGUUAGGGAUGCUGUAGAGAGUGUUUGUUUCAUCGCUGACCAUCUGAAGAAAUCAGACAGAGAAAACUCGAUAAAAGAAGAUUGGAAAUAUGUUGCCAUGGUGAUCGAUAGACUAUUUUUGUGGAUAUUUACUACUGCUUGUGUUGUUGGAACUUUUGGUAUCAUACUUCAAGCACCAACAAUAUACAGUGACGUACAGGCGAUAACACCAUUAGAUCUGGCCGAUGCCAGCUGUCUGGUUAACAUGCAAACCUAGACAUUAUGAAAGCUAGUUAAAACUAGUUGUCUCUUUAAUAUGCAGCAUUAAAAGGUAUGGGAUUCUUCUCACGUUAUGGCGAUUAAGAAGCACCUUAACAUUUUAUAGAGACAUCGAAUUUAGAGAUAUCCUACUGGUACAAAAGAAAGACCUAAUCUGAAGGUAUAUCAGUGAUAAAGUACUUUGUGUCUAGCGACCAAAAUAUUAUUUUGCUAUCAUGAAUGUUCAUACAGAAAUAAACUAAAAGCUAAAACAUAGAUAGAAUAUAAAACAAUUUCACAAACAAAUCGUGUUUCUAAAUGAACAUUUGGAAAAUAAAUUGCAAAGCUAAUUGUAUCAAUAUGGACCUUAAAGAACUACCAUUUACAGCAAAA